AUGCCGGUCACGAAUAAAGUAUCACGGACCACCCAGAACCACAAACAGUCCAACCCAAACGGCGCCGACAAGGCCCCCCAUCAGAAUGCUGGACCCAAACCUCCCCCUGCCACUCCAGGAAAGAAACCCAAACGUGGCUCCAUAAGUGCUCCCAAACAACCUGCGAUGAGGCCUGUACCUCCUUCCUUGGACUACAUCAAAGUCCAAGAAGAUGAGAUUGAGGUAUUGAAGUCCAUAUUUAUGGAUGAUUAUGAAAUGGUCGAAACUGUAGGGGCUUGGAAUGUGAGCACCAUACUUAUCUAUGUUCUCUAGCUUUGAGUCCCCCAAGGUGGGGACUUUUCGAAUUCAUUCAUAAUUUCUAAUGGAUACCUCUUUUGCGUAGAAAUCAAAUUUAUCCUUCAAAAUACAUCUCAAAGCUUCCUCGGAUGAGGAAAUAUCUUGUGUCCUCCAUGUGACUUUUACAGCUACUUAUCCAAAGACUGGUGAGAAACUCGCGAUUCGUCGUCGUCGUCGUCGUCGUUGAUACCCUACUCACCAGCGCUGAUUCUAGCCCCGGAGCUGCGUCUUGUACCAUCCUCUGCCAUCCAGCCAACUCAGGGGGAAAAGCUACAAUCCCUGCUUUCGCAAUCUCUGCGCAGGAACUUGGGACAGGAAAUGAUUUUCGACAUCACCUCCGCGAUACAGGAUGCUUUGGAAGAUAUCGUCCAAUCAAAGUUGGCCGACCAAGACAAACCCAGUCUUGACGGGGAACGAGUGCUAAAGGCAGUGGAGGCUCAACUUCUUGCCAAACAGGAAUCAGAGGAAGCUCGUAAGCGUGAAGAGAGGAUGCAGAUGGAAGCCCGGCGAAAGCUAGAGGAGGAGAUAGAUGAGGAGAUUCGCAGAAAAAAGGCGAAUGCUAAACAGUCUCACGAGAAACGAAGGGCCCCAUCAAUAGACUAUGACGAGGUAGCAACCGAUGACUGCAUUUUGUUUGAUCGGGUCAUCAGUAUCAAGUGUGGGUACAAUGCUGUUCCUGUUAUGUUCCGCAAGGUCUCUGGAAUGGUUAAGAUUGCCACUGGUCCUCUCACGUCUGUGUAUACCGUUCAUCCUGUCCUUGCUCCGAAUCAAGAGAAUAGUCUCCCGCUGGUGCUUAAACAGGCGGAUGUCCCUGAUGUCUUGAAUACGAAGGGCAUGGAUGGGAAAAGGAAGGUACAAAAUCUGGAGUUGGAAUUGGAUGAGUUGAGGGGAUUGAGGCAUAAUAACGUUGUGGAAAUUUACGGCAGCAAGGUUUCCCGCAUCGACGCCUUGUCGAAUGGCGGUUACGAGAAUUCAUCCGGCUCCACGGGAGGUUGGCGAAUAUCCAUACUUAUGGAAUAUUCUAGCAAGGGAAGUCUGCACGAUCUGCUGGAAACCGUGGGCCAACUUAAUGUCGAUAUGGUUAGAGCAUGGACUAUAUCUUUGAUAGAGGGCUUGGAUUACGUACACCGAACGGGAAAGGUCCAUAGAGGAAUCCAUACCAAGAAUAUUCUUUUGUUCCGCGAUACCUCGGGCGACUCAACCAUCCCCAAACUCGCGGACAUGGGCUAUACUCAAGCGUUACGGGAGAUAAUAGACAAUAAGGAUGAGCAUCCUGAAAUCUCCACUGUAUCGCUAGCAAAACCCGUUUCUUGGAUUCCUCCAGAAAACGCGAACCAGGUAAAGGCCAAACAGAAUAAUCGCAAGACAGACAUCUGGAAUCUGGGUAUUAUGAUUCUCCAGAUGCUAUUUGGGCUUAAGGUUGUGGAUAGAUAUUCUUCUCCGUUCGAUCUUAUCUAUGAUAUGGACCUUUCGGAUUCCUUAAAAGAUUUUCUGGAGCGGAUAUUCAGGUCGGACCCAAAAAAGAGACCUACCACCUUUGAUCUACUUCCUUCUGAAUUUCUGAGAAGUAGCGAUCCUAUCCUCGUUCCCGAUACUCCAUCUACUGAGCUCUCAAAGGCGGACUGGCCCGUGUCAAUUAAAGCGAGCUCCAAUCGCCCUCGCCGGGACUCCGCUACUGUCGGGAAUGCUAGCAGAUAUGCCAAUGAUUUCACGGAACUUGGGCGAUUGGGUAAAGGAGGGUUUGGCGAAGUGGUUAAAGCCAGAAACAAGCUCGACGGCAAUGCUUAUGCGAUCAAGAAAAUCACGAAAAUUGGUCGGUCUAAGCUGAACAACAUCCUGCACGAGGUUAUGCUGCUGAGCAGGUUGAACCAUAAGUAUGUGAUUAGAUACUUUACUGCAUGGCUAGAGGAAGAAGACCCCAAUAUACAGGCACUCUCUGAAUCAUCCGGCGGUGAGGUUGAUGAUUAUGAUGACGAUGAGGACAGUGAUGAUAGUGGGCCUGCUGUGUUCUCUGGAAGCUCUACUGGGGCAGAGGAUGAGGACGGAGGGGAUGAUUGCAGCAUGGGGAAUGAAAGUGACGAUGGCAUCGAGUUCACGAACGGCACUGGUGGUUUGGAUUUCAUCAGUGGGGGUGGAUAUUCAGAUGCCAGCUUUGGAGAUGAAAGUGACGAAUCAGAGGACGGGGAAGUUAGUGGGGAGGGAAAAGAGGAGGGUGUUCUCAAGGCCACGAGAAGCCGCGGCAGGAGGGGCCGGGGGCCUAUUUCUAGAAGGAAAUCUAAUAGUGGGCAAAGCUCCAGAUCUACCUUAUACAUACAAAUGUCGCUCGCCGAUCGACUGGUACAUUUUGUCCCUUAUAUCCUCAUUGCCAAUUAUACCCGCUGACGUAGUAAGACCAUAAGAGAUAAGGUCCUUAGCGGCUUGCAUGCAGACGAGGCCUGGAGAUUACUUCGGCAGGUUCUCGAGGGAUUGGCGCACAUCCAUGGACUUGGGAUUAUCCACCGUGAUCUCAAACCCGAGAAUAUAUUUAUCGAUUUAAACGGGAAUCCCCAGAUAGGAGAUUUCGGGUUGGCUACCAGUGGGCAGGUGUCAAACAAGACCGGCCAAGCUGGAUCAGACGAUAUAGAUCUAACUACCAAUGUCGGAACUGUUCUCUACGUAGCUCCAGAACUGAGGACCACCAAGGGCCAUGGCAAAUACGAUGGAAGGGCAGACGUACGUUUUCCGCACCUCGCUUUGAUUUGAUAUAUUUUAUUAGUCUAAUGAGGCGACUUAGAUGUACUCUCUUGGGAUCAUAUUUUUCGAGAUGUGUUACAUUCCUCUUGUCACAGUUAUGGAACGUGGCAAAGUCAUUGGAAAACUCAGAGAAAAGAAGGUCGACUUCCCGUCUGAUUUUGCAACGGACAAAAAUGUAGUCCAGGUCUCUAUCAUCAAAUCAUUACUUAGUCAUGAUCCGGCUGAGCGGCCUUCGAGCACGGAUCUAUUAAACUCUGGAAAAUUACCGCUCAAGGUCGAGGACGAAACUAUCCGUCAAGCAUUACGAACCAUCUCGGAUCCCGGGACUCCUCAUCAUCAGCAGGUUAUGUCUGCGCUUUUCUCUCAGAGUACUAAGGAGUACAAAGACCACACCUACGAUCCUGUGAAAAGCAACCUCUCACGCCACGAUACUGUCCUCCAGGGAAUGGUCAGAGAGCGUCUCGCGGAGAUAUUCAGGCACCAUGGAGCUGUGGAAACCACUAGACCACUCCUGCUCCCUCGAAGCAAGCUUUACAACCGGGGUGUUGCGCAGCUAUUAGAUCAGAGCGGAACAGUCGUACAGUUGCCCUAUGAUCUGACAUUACCCCAUGCACGAUCGUUGGCUAGGCAAGAGACUCUUAGCCCAAAGACCUUUACGUUCGGGACAGUAUACAGGGAGAACUCAGCAGGCGGUCAGCCUCAAAGCCAUGGAGAAGUUGAUUUCGAUAUUGUCAGCUAUGAUAGCUACGACCUUGCGCUCAAGGAGGCUGAAGUGAUAAAGGUCAUUGACGAAAUCCUGGAUGUUUUUCCCAGUUUGCGCAGCGCCCAAAUGUGUUUUCACAUCAAUCAUGCGGACCUUCUGGAUAUAAUCAUGGAGUUUUGCAGGAUCAGCCCAGAACACCAACCUGAUGCAAAGGAGACCUUGAGCAAGCUCAACACUGGCCAAUGGCUUUGGCCUAGCAUUAGAAAAGAACUGAUUACCUCCGGAAUCCUACCGACUAGUCUUGACGACCUCGACAAGUUCGACUGGAGGGAUGAACAAGAGAGAGCAUUCAGCAAACUAAAUCUUCUUCUUCGUGGCUCAGACCUAGCUGAUAAGGCAAACCCGGUUUUUGCUCAUAUCCGCACUGUGAUCGGAUACCUAAAACAAUUUGGCGUCACAAGGAAUAUAUACGUCAAUCCUCUUGGAACUUGGAAUGACAAAUUCUAUCGUGGAGGUGUUGUUUUCCAAUGUGUUGUUGAUUCUAAGAAAAAGGGUGUCUUCGCCGCGGGUGGUAGAUAUGAUAGCUUGAUACAGAGCUAUAGACCAGCUGUCAGAGGUAUUGCAGAAGAAACGCAUGCCGUAGGAUUUAACCUAGGCUGGGAGAAGCUCUUCACCUCCGUGGCUCGUUUCCAAAAGAACUAUGCUAAACUGCAACACAAGAAAGGCGAAGAUGAGAACUUCGCGCCGUGGGUAACCAGGCGCUAUGAUGUUCUUGUAGCCAGCUUUUGCAAAACGGCCCUCAGAACCCACGGAAUAACGAUCCUGCGGGAAUUGUGGGCAAACGGUAUUAGCGCAGAGCUGGCAGGUGAUGCCUCCAGCCCAGAACAGCUGAUCAAUGCUCACAAAGGGGACGGCAUAUCCUGGAUCGUCAUCAUCAAGCAGGGCCCCAAUUCUUCCCUGGACGGAGACCGUUGCUUGAAGGUGAAGAGCUUGCACCGAAAGGAAGAUGCCGAACUGGGGGUCGCAGACCUGGUGCCAUAUCUGAAGAACGAGAUCGCCGAGAGAGAAAAGAAAGAGAGAUCUUCCACUCUUCCUGGAAGCCCAGGGGUGCUGACUGGGAUGAAAUCUCUCACCAGACACCCCAGCUCCGGCGGCGAAAUACCUGUACGCCAAGCGGGAGACGACGGCGACGCGGGCGUGAGGAUUCUCGCGAGCGACCGGAAAGGUAGGAAAAUCAGCAAGGGUAACAUUAUCACUGCAGGUAGAAUCACACUUUCUCCAACAGCUCUUUCUCUAAUAAUACUAACUAUCUCAAACAGCCCAGCGUGCAGCAUCCGAGCUUCUCACAGGCUUCCUCCGGGACGCCCCGAUUGCCGCGAUCGACGUCCGUGAUGAUAUCCUCCAUGCGAUCAAACAUGCAAGUCUUCGCGACCAAGAAGCCUGGCGCAAAAUCAUCCGGGGCGCCCCUGCCGUCGAUAGGAGGUACAUCUCCCAAGUUCAGGAUCUACUCGCAGACCUCAAAGAAAACUCCCGGGCCAACGGAUGCCUCGUGUAUAAUUACCGCACCGGAGGGACUAUUUUUUACUACUUGGCUUGAGUUAUGUCCAGUUCAAGUCAAGAGCGUGGCAGACAGAGUGCAGGAGGAGCCGGAUUUGUGGUAUCUCUUUCUCAUCGUUUAUUCGAAUUCUCUACUGUCUUUUUUCCCCUCUUUUUCCAUUUCCAUCUCAUGCGCCGUAACGACAAUAGGGCGGUGUGUGGCAUUUUUCUUUUCCCUAUUGCGUUGUGGCACUAUACAUUGAGUGCUUUGAAUACCCUUCUAUCUGUUAAUGUCACCCGUAGUUCGAUAUGUAUUAUACCUUUUGCUCUCCCCUAUUUCCUGAGGUUCUGCUACUAGUAUAAGUUAAGCCGCAAGGCAUGAAUGGAGAUCUAGUGCUGCGUGUGCGGUACUGAG